AUGUCGUUUCCUGCAGCAAAGUCAACAUCGCCGCCGACGUUUGCGGUCACCGGUAAAUCGUUACAAUUACAGCUGUCGCGCCCCCUACCACAAUUGCCAACACGUAAAAUCUACAAUCCCACGUACUUUUUCAAUGAAACUUAUCAACACGAAAUCGCCAAUCAUUAUCGUGACUAUAAGCAAAGAGCGCGCAUACCGCGACGAAGGCGACACACAAUUUAUGUGCCCUACAGGCGCGCCGCCUUCUACGGUGUCGUGUCGGGCGAACCGAGAGCAGUGCUGCCAAUAGCUGUGCAUGACUUUCCCAGAUUCACUGCCGUUUAUACAACACCGCGCGGUCGUCAGACAUUGUGUGAGAACGCGCCGCCAGACGAUACGUACAACGGGACAGUACGACGUAUUCGUCAGGCGCACAGCUAUAAGGAACUUAAAUUGCUGGUCGACAGACAGUUGCGGUUGCAGACCGCGCAGGGUAAGCGCAGCGUGACCAAUUACUGCAACGAAAGGGUUGACGCGCGCUAUCGUCAGCACACGAACGCCGAAGGUGAAGGGUUUUGUAGCCGCAAAGCGUUUAAUUGCGCCACAACAGAUAAAGUAGAAGACGAGAAGUCAUCAAAGCGGCAGAUAAAUAGCGGCGCUGACGUCAAUGCAGACAGCACUAAUGCUAAUGGAAAAUUGCACGAUUAUAAUGAUGGGUAUGUUGAUGAUGACGCUGACAAUAGUAGUGCAAAUGACAGCGUAGAGAAAGUGAAAGCACAAGUAUUGCAAGUGUCACGUAGUAAACAAGAAAAUAAUAAACAAAAUUUGUACCAAAAAGUGCCAGUGGCAAAGCAAACGGCGCGUACAGCUAGUGCAGAAAGUGAUGGCCACAAAGUAACACGAAAUCAGCAUUGCGCUACAGCGUUUACAAAGGUUAGCACGUACACACACCAAGCGGGAACGCAUACCGUUAAUUACAGCAAGAACGAACAACCGGUUAGUGCAACAGCAGUCAGAGCUUUAAUCACCACCGAAAACUACUUGCGCUUAGCUUGUGAAUACUACGAUCAAGGAGUGUUGCGGCACGUCGAGUACCUACAAGCUAUCGGCAGGCGGAACGCCGCGCUACGCGAGCAACGCAGAUUUGCAACAGCGUGCGGGCAAACGUCACAAACGACGCGCAGCAGCAGCAACGAGGGGACAACUUCGCGCGAUAGCAGCGCCACGAAUACGCCGGUUAGUACGCCACGUGUGCGCAGCGCAGAGCACUGCUUUCGUUUAACGAAUUUAUUGCGACGCAUUGGCCGUAAGCGCACCUUCAAAGUUGGCUGUAGCGCCACUGCUGUAAACGCGCCGCCUGCAGAGCGCUUGCAACAUAAUCCGUGCGCGAUACGCGUUAACAUUAAACCGUUUGUGGGGCGCGCGGUAAAAGCGUUAAAAGCGACGCGGCAAAAGAACGUCGCGCCGCCGACCACGUCGAACACGCCAACCACGCCAGUAGCGCGUACGCCUGAUGGUUGUAGCAUGAACGAUUAUUUGAAUGCCAAUUCGUCAACCGCAAUAACUACAACAACAGUGGCAGCGCGCGCGCAUUUCCAUGAAUUAAUUGAUCAUCUAAUGCAAUUAGAGAUAAGUGAUAUUGAUGCGUCAUUGCCGAAAAUUACAUUAACAGAUUGUUCAACCAUUGCUAAUGCGGAGCCAGUAGAGGUAGCGCAUACUGAUACGACAACAACAAGCCAUAGCAACGAUAACGCUUUUGCAUUUCAAUUUGACAACGCUUACAAUAGCAACAAUUUUAGUGCCUACAACGCGUUCGAUUCGCAAGUCGCUGAGCAAAAUCAGCAGCUGGUGCAAACGUCGGCGCGUCGUAACGGUUUCACGCUGAGACAAACGAAAUUCGGUACCUCGUAUUCGAGUCUCGAUAUUCCUGACGAAGUCUACUAUAACAGCGAGGCGCGGCCACCGUAAAAGGUGAGACACGAAUAUGGAAGAGUGUACGUGAUUAUUUUCAGAACGUUGUGUUUUAUGUUCUGAAGAAAGAGAAUUAAUUGUAACGGAUACAUCGGAUUGUCUUUUAACUUUUCAAGUUAAUAACAUACCACUUUAUACAAAUCGCUUCAAAUACAUUUGUAAACUUAGAUCCAGCUGCAUAAAGAUAGAGAAAGCCUUGCAGCCUUAAGAGUUAGAACUCUGAUCAGCCGACCUGUAUUCACUUUCACCGACCAUUAACUACAGAUAAAUAACUUCAGAUAAGUUUUCAGAUUUUUUUUAUUUGGAGUCUUUAUCUAGUUUAGGAAAAAAACAUCUACUGGUAAACCUUUACGUUGAUUAUAAGACUCGAUUUAGUGCUUCCACUCUUAAAUCUAGAACAGGAAUGAACUAUAUCAUGAGCAGGAUCCAAAAGUUCGAAAAAUAAUCUAGCAAAUGAGUUAGCUGGGGCUAGCUAUAAGCUAAUUUGUUGAUGCGAGAAAAGUUCAUAUUAAGUCCACCUAGAGCUUCCAAAUGCUUUUUUCAAAGCCAAAGUGAAAGCUUAGUUCUUAAUAUAUCCUGAACAGGGUAUAUUAAGUUUGUAACACCCAGAAGGAAACGUUGGAGACCCUAUAAAAAAUAUAAAUGAUUAGAAUGAUGAGUUGCAUCGAUUUUGCUUUGUCCGACUGGACGUCCGUCCGUCUGCCUAUAUAAGCGAACUAAUCUCUUAGGUUUAAAACAUCGAUCUGAAAGUUUGCACACGUCCUUUUCUCCCCACGAAUCUACCCAUUUGUCGGAACCGCCGAUAUCGGACCACUAUAGCAUGUAGCUGCCAUGUAAACUGACCGAUCCAAAUCAGUCUUGGUACGGAUUAUUGCCCAAGGCAACAGUCUCCGAAGAAAAUGUUCAAAUCAUACUAUAUCAACAUAUAGCUGCCAUACAAACUGACCGAUCAAAAUCAGAUUCUCCAUACAUGAACAUCACAUCUUUUGCAAUUGUGAAGGAAUACGAAGCUAACGUGUUUUCUUACUUUCCUUGAGAUUAUAAUAAAUUAAGAUGCAUGUACGUCAUUAUAUUAUGUUUUUCAGCUCAUAUUACUUUGCUCUGCACUGCUACAUAUCGAAAACUUAACUGUAAUUAUUUUCUCUUUUUCUCCAACACAGCCUUGCCGUCACUAUUUGUAC